AUGCAACUUAACACACUUUACCUGUCUUCUGCAUAUCUGGGACUGAGGCCUGCCCGCAUUUCAUCGCUACACCCAGAUACAAUAGUACACUUGCAGAGCAACUUGCAGGACGUUCGUUCGGAUUCUACUUUCAGGAUACCUCUCAUUGACUUCGCAGCUUAUAAACAAGCCACCUCUUUGUCUGAGAAGCGUCGCAUCGCGGAUGACAUUGUAAACGGAUUUAAAGAAGUUGGAUUUGUGUAUCUAACAGGCCGCGUGAUUGAACUCGAGACGAGUGCAGAAUUUUUCCGGUUGCCCGAAGAGACCAAGGCAAGGCUGGCUUGGGACGACCCCAAGGCUAACCGUGGUUAUGUUCAAGUUGGCCGUGAGCGUGUCACAAACUCACUGGAUGCGGCCGAAAUUGCUUUGUUACGUGCAAAGGCUCCAGACACCAAGGAGUCUAUGGAAAUUGGACGUGAAAACCAUCCUACGUUCAGUAACAAAUGGCCUCAGGAAACUGAAGUACCUGGGUUUAAGCAGACGAUGCUCCACUUUUUCCAGACUUGCCACGAAGUGCAUACUAUGGUCAUGAAAUCGAUUGCGUUAGGUCUUGACCUUCCUGAGGAUUUCUUCGAUGAUAAGAUCAAUCGUCAGGACCAUAACUUACGGCUUUUGUCCUAUCCUCCUAUUCGAACCUCUUUACUUUUAGGCGACGAUUAUGGAACUUUGACUCUUUUGUUCCAGGAUUCCAUUGGCGGUUUAGAGGUCCAGAACCCUCAUACUAAGCAUUAUCAACCUGCUUCACCUAUCCCCGGAACAAUUGUCGUCAACGCUGGGGAUCUUUUAGCGCGCUGGAGCAACGACGUCCUCCGUUCAACUCUCCAUCGUGUAGUUGCCCCUCCUGCAACAAAGAUCAACGCUACCGAAGGUAUGACGCCCGCACGACAAUCAAUUGCAUUCUUCUGCAACCCAAAUUUCGACGCCGUCAUCGAGAGCUUGCCUAGUUGCACAAGCGCAUCUAAUCCGAGCAAAUAUCCUGCGCUCACCACAGAGCAAUAUAUUGUAGGACGUUUAGCAGCUACAUACUCAUGA